UGGCGGCUGUGUGAACGAGCCCAAAGAUAGCCGAACGGCUCCCCCAUAGAGAUAUAUGGAGCUAUCUCAUGAGGUGUGAAGGUACAACAACAACAACAAAAAGUUCAACAAUAAUCAUAGAGGAUUGCGAUCUAUAGUGACUUUGGUCUCCACAAACAUGGCCGCCUCGGUCAGUUCCUGAGCGGUUCAGGAGACUUAUUUUUGGCCUCUAGUGUCUUAUCGCUGAGGAGAGGCUCGUCGUUUCAGAACAGGAAGUGACGUCAGUUCUGGGUCUGGGCGCUUGGUUGCCUAGAAACGGGAGAACUCGGCAUCUUAGUUACAUUGAUACUCGUUCUGGAUUGUCUAUCGUGAUCCCGGUACCGGGGCCGGGCACCAGUAAUAUGUUUAUAUAUCUGAGCAAGAAGAUUGCCAUUCCCAACAACAUCCGCUUAAAAUGCUUAUCGUGGAACAAAGACCAGGGCUACAUAGCAUGUGGAGGGGAAUCCGGGCUGCUCAAAGUCCUGAAACUGGAAAUGCAAACAGAUGAUGCCAGGCUGAAAGGGCUUGCCGCACCCAGUAACCUGUCCAUGAAUCAGACCCUGGAGGGACACAGUGGAUCUGUACAAGUGGUGACAUGGAAUGAGCAUUUUCAGAAAUUGACCACAAGUGAUCAGAAUGGACUUAUCAUUGUCUGGAUGCUGUACAAAGGCUCAUGGUACGAAGAGAUGAUCAACAACAGAAACAAAUCUGUUGUACGCAGCAUGAGUUGGAAUGCUGACGGUCAGAAGAUCUGCAUUGUCUAUGAGGACGGAGCUGUCAUUGUUGGCUCAGUGGACGGCAAUCGUAUUUGGGGCAAGGAACUGAAAGGCAUACAACUGUGCCACGUCGCCUGGUCGCCAGACAGUAAAAUUCUUCUCUUCGGGAUGGCAAAUGGGGAAAUCCACCUUUAUGACAACCUGGGCAACUUCAUUGUAAAAAUGGUGUUGAGCUGUUUGGUCAAUGUGACUGGUCCUCUGAGUAUUGCUGGUAUGCAUUGGUAUCCAGGCAGUAAAGGUUACGUGGAACCAGAUUGCCCCUGUCUGGCUAUAUGUUUUGAUAAUGGCCGAUGCCAGAUAAUGAGACAUGAGAAUGAUGAGAACCCGGUUCUGAUUGACACUGGUAUGAACGUGGUCAGCAUUCAGUGGAAUCACUGUGGCAGCGUGCUGGCUGUGGCCGGAUCUCAGAGGACCGCCAAUCAGGAUAAAGACAUCAAUAUUGUCCAGUUCUACACCCCAUUUGGAGAGCACCUGCGCACAUUGAAGGUUCCUGGGAAGCAGAUGUCUGCUGUAUCUUGGGAAGGUGGUGGACUGAGGAUUGGUCUGGCUGUGGAUUCAUUUAUUUACUUUGCAAACAUCAGACCUGAUUACAAGUGGGGCUAUUGCUCAAACACAGUGGUGUACGCUUACACAAGGCCAGACCGCCCUGAGUAUUGUGUCGUCUUCUGGGACACCAAAAACAAUGAGAAAUAUGUCAAAUAUGUCAAGAGCUUGAUCUCUGUAACAACAUGUGGGGAUUCCUGCAUACUGGCAACUAAGGCUGAUGAGAACCAUCCUCAGGAUGACAACGAAACAGAGACUAACAGGGUAAAGGGAGCGUCAGCCUCCGGAGCUCAGUAUGUGCUUGUUUUGUGCAAUUCUAUUGGAACUCCACUGGAUUCUAAGUACAUAGAUAUAGUACCCUUGUUUGUCACCAUGACCAAGACCCAUGUUAUAGCGGCAUCUAAGGAAGCCUUCUACGUCUGGCAAUAUCGUGUAUCAAAGAAGCUAACAGCGAUGGAGAUUAAUCAACUAGUGCGGACUAGAAAAGAGGGCCGAGAACGGACGUUUCACAUAGAUGAAGCCCCGUCUGCAGCCGGGGAAGGGCUUAUGGAUUUCAAUAAAGCUUUAGCGGCAUCCAGAGACCUGAUUUGCUCCAUUACAGCAUCUGAUAGAGUCUUAAUGGUGGCACGUGAAUCUGGGUCCGUACACAGAUACAGUUUACCAAAUGUGGUUCUUGUGCAGAAGUACAGCAUGAGCUGCCGGGCGUACCAGAUGAGUAUGAACUGCAAUUCCAGCCGUCUAGCUGUUAUAGAUAUUUCUGGAGUUCUCACCUUUCUGGAUUUGGAGGCUCGGUACACAGAUGAUUCUGGACAGCAGAUCAUUGGGGAGCGGCUUAAGUUUGAGCGUAAGGAUGUCUGGGAUAUGAAGUGGGCCCAUGACAACCCAGACCUGUUUGCCAUGAUGGAGAAGACUAGAAUGUAUGUGUUCAGGAACUUGGAUCCAGAGGAACCCAUUCAAACAUCAGGAUAUAUCUGCAGUUUUGAAGACCUGGAGAUAAAAUCUGUUCUUCUGGAUGAACUGUUAAAGGAUCCCGAGCACCCCAACAAGGAUUACAUCAUAAACUUUGAGAUCCGAUCACUACGGGACAGCCGAGCGUUAAUUGAAAAGGUUGGGAUUGAAGACGCCUCUCAGUUUAUCGAGGACAACCCCCACCCGAGACUAUGGCGCUUACUUGCUGAAGCCGCACUGCAGAAGCUAGACCUUCCUACCGCCGAGCAAGCCUUUGUCCGCUGUAAAGAUUACCAGGGCAUAGAGUUUGUGAAACGUCUGGGCAAUCUGCAGAGUGAGCCUAUGAAACAAGCUGAAGUUUCAGCAUAUUUUGGCAGGUUUGAGGAGGCAGAGAGGAUGUAUCUGGAUAUGGACAGAAGAGACCUUGCUAUCAGCCUACGUAUAAAGCUGGGAGACUGGUUCAGAGUGCUGCAGCUGCUAAGAACUGGUUCUGGAGACUCCGACGAUUCUCUGCUGGAGCAAGCAUACAACGCCAUUGGUGACUACUUUGCAGACAGACAGAAAUGGAUUAAUGCCGUGCAGUACUAUGUACAGGGAAGAAAUCAGGAACGCUUGGCAGAAUGCUACUACAUGCUGGAGGAUUAUGACGGACUUGAGAUUCUGGCCAAUUCUUUGCCUGAAAACAAUAAACUGCUUCCAGACAUCGCCCGCAUGUUUGUGACUGUGGGUAUGUGUGAGCAGGCCGUGGCAGCAUUUUUGAAGUGCAACAUGCCAAAAGCAGCAGUAGAUGCCUGCAUGCACUUGAACCAGUGGAAUAAAGCAGUCGAGCUCGCCAAGAGCCACAACAUGAAAGAAAUUGGAUCCUUACUUGCCAAGUACGCCUCUCAUUUACUAGAAAAGGAUAAAACGCUGGAUGCUAUUGAGCUUUACCGGAAAGCCAACCACUUCCUAGAGGCUGCGAAGCUCCUAUUCAAGAUUGCAGAUGAGGAAGCUGAGAAGCGUACCAAGCCAUUGCGUGUGAAAAAGUUGUAUGUCUUGGCCGCUUUGCUGGUGGAGCAGUAUCACACCCAUGUGAAGAACACACAGAAAGGGAAACUCAAAGGGAAACAGACAGAGGCUACAUCUGCAAUAGCUGGUCUGCUGGAGGAGGACAGUCUGUCUGAUAAUCGGAUAGUGGACAACCCCUGGCGAGGAGCUGAGGCAUACCACUUCUUCCUGCUGGCUCAGAGACAACUCUAUGAAGGAUAUGUAGAUGCCGCCAUGAGGACAGCUCUCCAUCUACGAGACUAUGAGGAUAUCAUCCCUGCUGUGGAGAUCUACUCACUUGUGGCACUUUGCGCCUGCGCCAACAGAGCCUUCGGCACCUCGUCCAAAGCAUUCAUUAAACUGGAGUCUUUGGAAACGCUGAGCCCUGAGCAGCGACAGCAAUAUGAAGACCUCGCCCUGGAAAUCUUCACCAAGCACAGUCCGAAGGAUAGUAGGAAGUCUGAUGUCGAUAUCUUCCCAGAUGGUGUGGAAGGUAAACUCCCAACGUGCAUUGCUUCAGGAAGACCCAUCACGGAGUAUCAGUUCUGGAUGUGCAGCGUCUGCAAACAUGGUGUGCAAGACCGUGAAAUCACUGCUUACAGCUUCUGUCCUCUCUGCCAUAGCUCCAUCUCGGAGUGAUCUCCACAGACCUGUCAUUUUAUAAUGUAAAUAAAAAUUAUAAUAUAUUCACUAACAACUCUUCUGCUUA